AUGUCAGAGAACUCCACUGAGUUGGUUAACUACCCUGACAAAGGCCAAGCUUUCCUUCCUGAAAUUCCCAUGAUUCCUGGAAACAGAGUGAAUCUUCUAGAAAACCGGUUGUCCAGUCAGGAGAGGACCACAGCUGUUCUCCUAGAUCAGGCCUUUCGAAUCAAAGAUGACAUUGUUUCUUAUCUUCAAGGAAGUAAGGGCCAUCAACAGGGGGAGACAACAGCACGACAACUACUGGAAAACCACAUACAGACUAUUACAAGCAUAGUUAAGAAGCUCAGCCAUGAUAUAGAGGUUUUGGAGAAACAAAUAAGAACAAGAGAUAAUGUUGCAACAGGAACAACUUUUGCUGUUCAAAGUUUGGACCAUAAAUACCUAUAUGGAUUUGGGGACCUGCGUGGAAGGGUGGCCAGAUGUGAUGCAAGCAUUGCAAAGCUAUCUGGAGACAUAAAUAUAAUCAGGCACGAGAUCCAGAGGCUAGAGAAAGGGAUUGGUGGCAUCCGCUCUACCUCGGAAAGUUAUGCUAAUAAUUUAGAGAUGAAGGUAAUGCGGCUAUUAGACAAGAUCGAGACUUCCAACUCUGAGCAAAGCUCUCAUUUAAAGACAGUCCAGGGGGAUCAACACCAUGAAUUGCAACUUCUGGAUUUCAAGGUGAAUAAUCUUCUAAAGGACCUCCGGGAUCAAAUUCAAGACCAACAAAAGUGGACAGAAACCCAACUGAGGCGAUCUGAACAAGAACAAGCCUACAAUACAAAUCAAUUUCUUAAUGCAAUAAAGGAGAGACUGGAAGCAGCAGAAAAGAAACUGGAAGAAAACGUGCACCUUUCGCUAAAGCUAGAGAACACCAAUAAACCACAGCAAUAUGAAAUGGUGCUGAGCCAGGUGAAAAAAUAUGAAACUAAACUGCAUGCAAGAAUUACGAGAUUUGAAAGACAGAUCUGGAAUGAGCUGGAGGAAAUCCAGAAUGAAUAUAGAUCAGGAUUUCAGUCCAUUCAUGAAGCUCUCAACUCACUCCAACAAAUACAGACGACAAAACUGAAACUAGAAAAAAAGAAAUUCCAGAAAGACAUUAAAAAAAUACGAUGCAAGGUAACUGAACUUCAGGAAGACUGA